UAUAUAUUCGCUCUUAUCAGUGAAACGUUGUGCAGGAAAAGGGCGACACGCCCGAAGGAGGCCCGAAACAGGAUUUUGCCUACCAAAGUUGACGGGAUAUUCGCGAUACAUUAUUCCGCCGGGUCCUUUGUGUGCGCGUCGUGCCGUAUCUGUUACGUUGUUCUCGCGCCUUUUUCAUCUUUUCUUUGUCAUCCCCGCUGGAAUCGCGCACACACACACACACACACACACACACACAUACACACUGCUGGAAACGAUAUGAAGAGAGGAACCAAGUGUAUCGCGCAAACCAUUAAUCUGUCCAAUCCGAAAACAUGCGUGAGGCCGAAGGUUCAGAAACUCGUCAAUGCAGAUGCGGAUUCUUGCUCCGAUCCUAACGACCGUCAGACGACCGAUUACUGGACCGCUAGACCGGUAGCAGUUAAAGUUUGCUCGCGGAAAAAUAUGCAGAGCAAGUGCCCACCAAAGAUUUGCACAACAACCUGUCUGAAGAAGCCGGUUUCGAACGGCGAACGAUCUCGCGGGAUCGCGACGUUCCUUUUGAAAGGCACCAUCGCCGCCGGUCUUAUUUAUUGGACUUGCGCGGAGGGUCUUUGGGGCGAUAGCACCCAAACGGAGGAUCUGUAUUACAGAAUGAUAAGCACGUUUUCUCCUUAUAAUGAUCAUCCGGCGGAGCCGCCAUUGGAGGGAAUAAGACACUCAAUGUCAGAAACGUACAAUCGCGCGCUGGUGAAAUACAUGGAUAUUAUCGUCGGUGCGAUGCUGGAGAUGCAUCGAAAGCUGCGAGAUAUCUUAUUCCCGUGCGAUGUAACCGGAGAAGGGGAAGAAGCGCACGCGAAGAACAUCUCGGACGAGAACUCGGCGCACAUAUGAUUCCGAAAUUGUGUCAAUAUUUAAGAUAUUACAUUGCCGUGGAUUGUAUUACGGUACUCUUCUCGAGAAACUGUCGCGUACAAAGUAAGCUUUUGUAAUUUCGAAAUUAUCGUGAAAUUUUAAGCAAACGUGAAUUAUUGUAAGAUGAAAAACUUUUCUCCCAAGUAAACGCUUGCUCGAUUCGCGCGCACAGUUGCCAUUAAAAAUAUUUUAUACGGAGUGGUUUUUUUUUGCUCUCACACAAGCGGCGUAACCGCGAAUACAUAAGAUGAGGAUUAAAAUUCCACGCGGCAUCUUUUCCAUUUUUUUCUCCCCGUAAUGCUGAAGGGCACACAAGGGAGCUCGCGAAGCAUGCAUCUCAGCGAUUUUUAUGGUCCGCCUGUCUAUUGCUGUAAAACCUUGAAUAAAAUCGGAAUAAAAAUCACAUCUAGUGUUACAUACUAUCAUCGUUGCAGUACUUCUAACGCAAGCACGCGAAUUUCGUCUACACACAGUAUGUAAA